AUGGAUUGGCGGGAAAUUGCGACGGGCCUACUUCUUUCUCAAGGUUCUCUCUCUGUGAGCUAUUUUGCUAAAAAAUAUAAUUUAUCACUCGAAGAAUCAGCACAAGAAUUAUCAUUAUUGAUAAAUAAUUAUGAAGUUUGUGGAGUAUAUAUAGACUAUCAUCCUGAUAAGAUAAAACUUAUCUACAGUACAAAUCAGAGCCAAAAUCAAGCUUUGUUUGGAAUUACUCUUAACAAGAGCAACAAUUUUUUCUUAACUGAUCAUGAAUUCAAACUGAAAUUAUUAAGAAAUCAAGGAUUAACGUAUUUUCCAGCAUCUUUAAAUAAUCUACCUCAAGCUGAAAGAAAAUUUAUGAAAUUCAGUGAAAAUAAUGAAGACAUGGAUCUCGAAAUUGACGAAGCAGCUUCACAAGGAUUGAAAGGAAUUUUAAAUAGCAAAACUAAUAAUACUCAAAGAUCAGUCGCUUUUACACCAGUAAGAUUAAGAUUAAAUGGCUUAAGGUCUUCCAGAUUUGAUGUCUCCUCAUGCUUUAUAAAGGGUUAGCCCGAUACCUCCUCUUGGCCACCUUGAGGAAGGAUGACAUCCAAGAAAAAAGAGCUCCAGCUCUCGGAAGGGGCAGGGAAACGAGCACGUGGCCCAAAAACCAUUCAAAUAACUAAUAUCUGGACUAGAAUAGUCACUAAGGUCACCCACCCCAUACGGUCGCCAUAAAGCAAGCUUAGAUUAGAAUCAAAGGGCCUGAACCUUGAUUUAGGACAUAAAGCCAUUUAGGCUCCCAAAGUAGUGCGUCGUCGACAAGGACAUAUUUUGUCAUCAUCACCAUAUUAAUUAUUAAGCCAGUAAAAGGUGAGCCUGAAGUAAAAAAGAAAAUUGUGUCAACUCCUCAUCCUGUGAAAAUAAAAAAGACAUUGAAAGAAAAUAAACAAAAAAAUGAAAUAAGUGAUAUUUUUUCAAAUAAAUUGUACACUAUUGAAGAAAACACAGAAGUGAGAGGACCAAUGGAUAACUUAAUCAAGAGAAAACUGGACCAUAUAGAAGACCAGCAUCCUACAAAAAAGCUAAAAAUGCAAACUACCCUUUUCCCAGCAGGUGAAAAUAUUAAACUCAAGCAAUCAUCAAUACAAGUAAAGCAUGAGACUAUUUCUAAACAAAUAAAUAGCCAUAAACACAAUAAAGAAAUAGCUGAAGAUGAAAAGGAUGAAAAUCAUAAAUCUGCCCAAAUGACAAUGAUGUCUUUUAUAAUUAAAAACAAAUAA